GCGCGCAGCAGGAGCGGCAAACAAGGCUCUCUGAUGUAAAGGACGUUGCGCCACAUUCGGUAUGGUGACGCACCUGCAAGGUGCCGGGGGCGGUGGCGGCGGCCCGGCCGCCUCCGGAUGCUGCAACGCCCUGCACCUGAGCGAGGACAACGCCAGGUUUGUGCUUCUGGCCGUGGUUCUUCUGCUCUACAUGGUGGCCGGCGCGGCGCUCUUCCAGUUCCUCGAGCAGGACACCGAGCUGGCCAUGGUGCAAAAGUUCUGGGACGUCUACUCGGACUUCCAGCGACGAAUGGCCAACGAGUCCUCGCCAAGGGUGGACAUGGGACUUGUCCACGAGUUGCUGUACGCGUACGGCAACGCCAGUGCCGUCGGCCUUGUUCACAAGAGGCGCAGGUGGGACUUCGCAGGCAGUUUCCACUUCGUUGGGACCAUUGUUUCAACGAUUGGCUACGGCAGCACGACGCCGCAGACCGAGAUGGGCCGACUCGCAGUCAUCCUGUACGGCUUCCUCGGCUGCUCCGGCGGCAUCCUCUUCUUCAACCUCUUCCUUGAGCGAAUCAUCACGUUCCUCGCGUAUGCUCUCCGCUACAUCCACGUGCGCAAGCUGUCCAAGCGCGUGCACGAAGCCAACGGCCUCAACGGGCGUAAGGUUUGCGUGUCGAGCGCGUCGCUGGACGACGACGAGGAGAGCCUGGACAACUGGAAGCCGAGCGUGUACUGGGUGAUGUUGUGCCUGAGCGUGGCGGCGACCGUGGUGGCCGCGUGCGCCUCGCUCAUGUACGCGCCCUUCGAGCACUGGUCAUUCCUCGAGUCGAUAUACUUUUGCUUCGUGUCGUUCGCCACCAUCGGCUUUGGCGAUUACGUGGCCACGCAGGCCGAGACUUACCCGCACGACAACUGGUAUCGCUUCGGCAACUUCAUCUUCCUCGUGCUCGGAUGCUGCUGCACGUACUCGCUAUUCAACGUCACCUCCAUCGUUAUCAAACAGGCCCUCAACUGGUUGAUAGCCCGUUUGGACUUUCGUUGCGAGCGAGCGGCUGGCGCCGCAAAUCGCAUGUGGCGCCGCCAGUCGCAGCGAAUUCGUCGGCGACGCAAAAGCACCGCCAGACCAAACAACCUGCGGCGCCAACGACGCCCACCGUUGCCGAUUCGACACGCACCCCUCUGUGGGGACGGCGUGGCGGCGCCGAACACAAACCCUGGCGAAACUGGGGACUCGGACUCUGUCUACGACUCGGACGGGGAACGAAGACUCAGUGGGGAAAUGAUCUCCAUGAAGGACUUCCUUCAGGCUAACAAGGUUUCACUUGCUGUGAUGCAGAAGCAGUUGUACGAAACGGCCCAAAUGCAGCGGUGGGGCGUGAGUGCCCAGCCUGCCCGAGGCUCCGGCGGUGGUUUCACGCCGGGCACGGUGGGGCCCCUGGCGAUUGUCAGUCAGAAGCUGGACAACAAUGCGUGAAAAGCUGUGAUAGUGUGUGAGAUGAGGCAGGUCUCGGGGGUGCGCAUUUUAUUGGACUUGAGCUGAAGCAGGAAAGUUUAAAAACCAAGCUCAACUAAUUCAUAAGGCAAAGGUCAAAGGUGAUUUGAAAAAGACGUUUUAAUUGUAAGAACAAUGCGCUAAUUAACAAGUGCAUUUGCAAGAAGAACUUGGAAACUAAGUUUCUCAUACUUGGGUGUGUAUAUGAAAUUAAUUUUUUAUCACUGCUCCUCUCGCUCUGCUUAUUUUAUUUAUGCAGCUCAAAAAGUGUGUUAACAACUUUCGACGAGAGACUUUUCAUGCGCGCGCGGUAAUUAGAGCAGCAGCUUUUGCUUGCGUAUAAUUUAUUUAAACCUGUGAGAGGAUCUCGUGGAAAAAAUGAUGAACCUUGUUAGCUCUCGGUGGGGAUUAAACGUCCUUGAAUAAUUGUAGUCAAACGUAAUUGCAUGAUAAAUUUUGACUCAAAAUCCCCGCCGUUUUCAUCCGUAAUCCCUAUCAAAUUAAUUCUAUAGUCGGCUGCUGUGACGCACAAACAUUUGGAUUGGGAUCUGUUAUCAAAUUGAAAAUUAAUUUCCACCUCUCUCGAAUUUUGAAUUUAGUGUGAUCAGCAAAAUUUCUACAAAUUGACUAUUCCUUGUUAAUUAUUGUGAAAUCAGUUCAAAUAUUUCAUGUUAAAAAUUCAAAUAUUUUUUGAAACCAAAGAAAAGAAUUCUAUAAAAAUAAUGGGGAAUUCAAUACAGAUAUCCUGGCCCUGGCCAGCUAUAAUUAUAACUUGCCCGGGAUAUCUCGUCUGUAUGGAACAUUCUCCAAUAUUAUAUUCUCUGUCAGGUAUUUGUGACGAAAGAAAAAAUUUAAAUUAAAUUAAAGCUCUGCAUAAUACUUUUGCGUCAAAUUUAAAAAGGACUACAUAAAUAAUAUGUGUAAAAGAAACUUGCUUGGGAUUUGUUUUUUGGGACCUUCUGAAGGAGAAAAUGUCUCCAGUAAUUGCAAAAUC